AUGUCAAGGGCCGCCUGUAUGGCUGAUACGAGUCUGUUUGUAUUGGAGUGUUUGCCCAUUGGGAUGCCCUGUGGUCGCCAACACGGUAUCGCAGUUGUACUUGUAUUUUUACAUGCCUUCACCGAGGCCUGCACUCCUACUAUUUCUGGCACUAUUGGUCUGGUGGAUGAGAGCGAGAGUGGUGAGGUCUCUUCUUUUUCUUUUACUGCCACAUCAUGGUCUGCCUGGUUAUGGUGGUUGCUUAUUGCGUAUAUGUUCAAAGCUCAGGCAACUGUUUGUGAUGAUUACUUUAUCGAGAGUAUCAAAGUAGUCGUAUCGCGGUAUCACAUCCCCGAGGAUGUCGCGGGUGCUACUCUCAUGGCGUUGGGUUGCAACGGUCCAGAGCUCUUCACUAACUUGAUAUCGAUAUUCAUCACUCAUUCGGAUGUUGGCAUUGGGACUAUCAUAGGCUCUGAGGUAUUCAAUCUUCUCGCCAUAAUAGGUGGUUCGGUAUUGGUGUCACCACAGUUGCCCUUAUUGAUCCACAGACCUGCAUUCAUACGUGAUGUUACCUUUUACAUGCUAUCAAUUGUCUUGUUGGCGAUUACUCUGUGGGACGGUAGAGUGUCUCUCCUAGAGGCUUUGACACUCCUCAUGUGCGCCGCGUUGUUCGCUACAGUCGUGGCUUAUACUAGAAGAAUAACGGCGUGGAUUGACCAGCUGAAGACUAAUGUGUUGAAGAAACCAUUGUUGGAAGCUGCCUCGACAGACAGUGAUGAUGACGGGCCUUUUAGGAAGGCUCUUCCAAUCCAGAGUGUCACCACCCCCUCGGGCGAUGGAGCUGUGUUAUUGUUAUCUGAGAGAGUCUAUGUUGAAGGCCCGAAUGUGGUGUAUUUACUCUAUCGUCCUUCAACACCGACUUCAGUGUCGCAGCAUUAUCACGCAGGGCCUCGGGAAGAAGUCUUUCCUCAUGCGACGUCACCUACAGUGGCGAGCACCGAGGUGGAAACGUCAUCAUCAUAUUAUCAGCAGAUCUCCCCUACAGGGCAGCAAAGGUUGCCUCCAGCCCGACAUGAGGACUUUGUAUUGAAGCCCAUAGCCUACCGUAGUGGCGGACAUGCGCUGGUGGAGAUGGACGGAUUCUGGUCGCAUGGGAGGGAGGACGAGGACAGUAUGAUAACCAUUGUGGUCGACACUGAGACUCACACAGUGAGACUGAUCACCUCGAGGAACGCAUUGUUGAGGGGCGCCUGCCUGCAGGAGAAGGAUAGACUACUGGCCGAGCUUGCUAUUGUAACGGAGAGAGCAUAUGCUGGUGGUUUGAAGCCAUGCUUGCGCCAAAUCUGUCAUCAACUGAGUGAUGAUGAGGGUGGACUGGUCUGGAGAUGGUCAUGGAAGGCUAUGCAUAUACUAUGCUUCCCUAUACACCUUUGUCUGGCGAUCACUAUGGGUUUCUGCGACGUUCGAGAUGCCACUAAAAGGUCCCGAUGGUUGCCAGAGUUCCUGCUGGCAAUGCUAUGGCUAGCUGUGUUCUCUUACCUCAUGGUAUACUCUGCUGAUCGCAUCACAGAGUCCUUCGGGAUACCAUCAGCUAUGAUGGGCGUCACCGUCUGUGCUGUCGGGACCAGCUUCCCAAACUUUUACGCUAGUUUGAUAAUGGCUAGGGCCGGCAGGUCGUCUAUGGCUAUCGCCAAUGCCCUGGGCUCUAACAUCCAGAACAUCUUCGUGGCUCUAGCUCUACCAUGGACCAUCACAACCAUCCUAUCAAGCCCGCAUGCAUUCAAUGUCUCGGCGAAAGGUAUCCUCGCCAAUGUCCUGGCUAUGGCCGUGACUUUAUUGGUACUUCUAGUACUGGUUGCGAAGGGCAGGUUUACUCUUGAUCGUACGGCUGGUUACGUUCUUAUCGCUACAUAUACAAUCUAUUUGGUCUUUGCUAUAUGGCAACCCUAAGGUUGAUUAUGACGCCCUUUAUCUGUUUUGAUGUACUCUACAUUAUACGUCUCAUUGGAAUUAUUAAGACACAGAUUGGCUCCCUUGUGAUACUACUACCCUUGUCGGGGCUAGUACCCUUUCUCAUAAUUGUCAUGCAGCAUUUUCUUCGUCCAGUAGCGCUGCGGUCAACCCGCAGUGGGUCAACUCCGAGAUGAGUGUUAGUCGCUCGGGAAGCUCUCCAGGGUAGAGACGAGAUCUCACUGAACGAGAGCUCGUUACUGGGCUAACGAGACGACUCUUAUUGGACAUACCACACCAGGCUUGCUGAUCGUCCUCACUAGCACUGAUGGUAUUCCGUCGUUGCCUCACUCUUAUUCUUGAUCGGUUUACGUUAUAUGC